CGCGCGGCCCCCGUUGCCAUGGCGACGCGGCGGGCGCCAUGGCGGCCUUAGGCCCGGCGGCGGGCGAUGGCGGGCUGCGGGCGCUGUACCGCUGGGUGGACGCCGUGCCGCUGUCCCGGCCCCGCAGGAACAUCGCCCGAGACUUCAGCGACGGCGUGCUGGCAGCCGAGCUGGUGAAGUUCUUCUUCCCUGCCAUGGUGCAGCUGCACAGCUACGUGCCCGCCAGCUCCACGCCGCAGAAGCUGGCCAACUGGGGCCACCUCAACAGGAAGGUUUUGAGUAAGCUGAACUUCUCUCUCCCGGAUGAGGUGAUCCGUCAGGUCGUGCAGUGCCGGCCGGGCACGGUGGAGCAGGUGCUGCUGCUGCUGAGGCAGAAGAUCGAGGAGAAGCAGAAGCAGAGCAAGGCGGUGCCUGGCCCUGAGCAGGAGCUGGGCGUGAGGACGGCGCAGGAGGAGGUCGGCUACUUGGAGACGGGCUGCUCCAAGGUGACGAGCACGGGGCAGGGCUGUGCCCAGGAGUCCCCCGGGGCUGCGGGGGGGAACAGGAGCCAUCACAGCUACGCCCAGGAUCCCUCGGGGGACGCUGCUGCCGUCCACCUGCAGCUGGCAGAGAAGGAGCAGGCGCUGCUGCUGGCCCAGGAGACCGUCCAGCUCCUGCAGCUGAAGGUGCGGAGGCUGGAGCAGCUGCUGCGCCUCAAGGACACGCGCAUCGACGACCUCAGCCGGCGCCUGCAGCAGGCGCAGCGCCAGCACCAGUGAGCGGAGCCCCCCCCGGGUCCCCCCCC